ACCGACCACUUGUUGAUAUUGUGUUAACGCGUCGCGCCGCGGUGUGCCAUAUACUAAAAAGAAAAAAAACCCACCAUAGCAAGAAAAAAAAAGAAACCAACAAAUAUUUUUAAUAUUUAUACCUACUUGCGUUUAAAACCACAAUUGUGAAGAGAUUCAUUAAUAGUCUACUAAAUCCAAGUGCAAGGCAAGUUAAGUUACAAUCAUUCAACAAGAAAAUUUGCAAAUAAUCAAAGUGAAAUUGUGAUAACGAGUGAAAAUUGAAAAUCAUUGAAAAAUCCAAAGACACCUUUCGGUGUUAAAAAAAACAACUUUAUUUCUUUUGUGCUUUCUUAAUACGUAGCAGUCAUUUUUUUCUUCUUCUUUUUCUUCGGUCGUUUGUCGUGUUCUUCAUGCUGUUGUUGUUGCUGUUGGCAGCAAUCGUUGUUUCGGACCGUGUAAGUAAAGCGCGCUGUGUAUUGUUGUGGUCUCGGUGAGUUUUUAAUACCUCCUCGUUCAUGUUAUGCCGUGCUACUCAACGUCAGCGUCGCAGUCGUCGUCGUCGUAACAGCGUUUGGUUGAUCGUGUCUUGGGGGAGUCUCAAUCAAGUCUUGAUCGGUUUGGGAGGGGAGCUUUAAGUGCGCGAUCUCUUAUGAGUGCAUCACACAAGCAAUAAUUUAAUUGAAACAAAAAAAAAAAAAAAAAAAAAACAACUAGAAAUUCUCAGCAUUUGCAUAUCAACUUGCGUGAUUGUGAUAAAAAUAAAUAAAAUUCUGAUAGAACGCAAAAAUAAAACGAAGGAAAUAAAAAAAGUAAACCGAAAAUAAAAAUUACCCACAAACGUAAAGUGUUAAAUAAACAAAACCAAUCGCAUAGCCCGCCAGGCUCAGCACAACACAACACUCUGUGAUUGUAUCAACGUCAUCAUCAACACAUUCCCAUCACCGUAGACGUCGACAUUGGCAUCGGAACCGUCGUUAUCGUCGUUAACGUCAUCAUUACCUACACCACCUAUUGGAGGCGCAUAGCUCUUUGAAGUGUGUAUGUCCGAAUUCUCGAUAUUAGAGCGAGCUAAAAGACACACUAAAAAAAGACCAUAACCACCACCCCAAACAACCACCAACGGCGGGCCAAGAGUUAGUAAAGGCCAACACAAAGGAGAACCUGAGGAACUAAGAACCAACAUUGUUAUGCCUCCCAUGUGUUGAAAUCCAAAGCAAACAACAACAACAAAUUGACGAUAAGAAAGAAAAGGCCAAACAACACAGUGCAACAGUUUGCUCCAAGCUGUAGGGCAAAGGAAACACCUCCUCAACCAGACCACCACCAUUAAAACGUUCUUCGUUAUCCACCUCAUAAUUGUUGUUGCCAUCGGCUUCGACGUCGAAACCAUCAUUAUCAUCGUCCUAUGCGCUUCUGUUUGGCGGCUUUCGUUUACUAAGUCCAAGUUUGUCGUCGCAUGUUUAAGAAUAACCACUUGGGCGCUUAAACCCCUUCAUCACAUGUAUGGGCACUUGUAGAAAAAGACAUCAUAUGCAGUGUGCUUAGAUAGCAGCACGGCCUCAACAAUGGGUGACAAUAUAAUUGGUUCAGCCAGCUUUUUGCAUUUGGGUGAUAUUGUAUCACUCUUUGCCGAAGGCAGUGUUUGUGGCUUUCUCAGUACUCUUGGUUUGGUUGAUGAUCGUACGGUGGUAUGUCCUGAGGCUGGUGAUUUAAAUUUUCCUCCCAAAAAGUUUCGUGAUUGUCUGAUAAAAGUAUGUCCCAUGAAUCGAUAUUCGGCUCAGAAGCAAUUCUGGAAAGCCGCCAAACAAUCAGCCAGCUCAAAUACAGAUACAAAUUUAUUGAAGAGAUUGCAUCAUGCCGCCGAAAUUGAGAAGAAACAAAAUGAGACGGAAAACAAAAAACUCCUGGGCACCUCCAUACAAUAUGGCAAUGUGGUGCAAUUGCUGCAUCUAAAAUCCAACAAAUAUUUGACUGUGAACAAACGUCUUCCCUCGUUGUUGGAGAAAAAUGCCAUGCGUGUGUAUCUGGAUGCCAAUGGCAAUGAGGGUUCAUGGUUUUACAUCAUGCCCUUCUAUAAGCUGCGAUCCAGCGGUGACAAUGUGGUGGUGGGCGAUAAAGUCAUACUCAAUCCUGUCAAUGCAGAUCAACAAAAUCUCCAUGUAGCCUCCAAUUAUGAGUUGCCCGAUAAUCCAGGAUGCAAGGAGGUGAAUGUCUUAAACUCCUCCACUUCGUGGAAGAUAACGCUGUUCAUGGAACACAAAGAGAAUCAGGAUCACAUAUUGAAAGGAGGAGAUGUGGUGCGUUUGUUUCAUGCAGAGCAAGAGAAAUUCUUGACCAUGGAUGAGUACAAGAAACAGCAGCAUGUUUUCCUAAGGACUACAGGCAGGACCAGUGCCACAGCGGCCACUUCUAGUAAAGCUUUGUGGGAGAUAGAAGUAGUACAGCAUGAUUCUUGCCGAGGUGGAGCCGGUCAUUGGAAUUCCUUGUAUCGUUUUAAACACUUGGCCACCGGCUACUAUCUGGCAGCAGAGCUGGACUCUGAAAAUGGUGGCGGCGGCUUGAGCAGCAAUCUUCCCACCAAUAUUAGCCAACUACAGCAGCAACAACAAAUGCAUCAGACUCCCACGCAGCUGUUGAAUUUAAGUGCAGAGAACACCAAGGAUUCGGGUAUAAGCUGCAAUUCCACUAUGAUAGAAAAAGGCAAGUUAGAACAUUACCGCUUGGUCUCUGUUCCCUUUUCCACCGAUAUUGCCACUGUCUUCGAACUGGAUCCCACUACCAUGGCACGCGCCGAUAGUUUAGUACCCCAAUCGAGCUAUGUGCGUUUGCGCCAUUUGUGCUCCAAUACCUGGGUACAUGCCACCUCCAUACCCAUUGACAUAGAUGAUGACAAGCCGGUUAUGUCCAAGGUCUGCUGUUCACCCAUUAAGGAGGACAAAGAGGCUUUCGCCCUCAUUCCUGUGUCUCCUGUUGAAGUCAGAGAUUUGGAUUUUGCCAAUGAUGCCUGCAAGGUCUUGGCAACUGUCACCGCCAAAUUAGAUAACGGCAGCAUAUCCAUAAAUGAGAGAAAGUCCUUGAUAUCCCUGCUGCAGGAUAUUGUCUACUUCAUAGCGGGCAUGGAGAAUGAGCAAAAUAAGACUAAAGCCUUGGAAUUGACCAUAAAAAAUCCCAAUAGGGAUCGACAAAAGUUGCUAAGAGAGCAAUACAUAUUGAAACAACUCUUUAAAAUACUGCAAGGACCCUUUCAAGAUCAUCCUGGUGGAGAUGGUCCCUUCCUUAGGCUGGAUGAGCUAAGUGAUCCCAAAAAUAGCCCCUACAAGAAUAUAUUCCGCCUGUGUUAUCGCAUUCUCAGACUAUCACAACAGGAUUAUCGCAAGAAUCAGGAGUAUAUAGCCAAACAUUUUGGCCUUAUGCAAAAGCAAAUUGGCUAUGACAUACUGGCCGAGGAUACCAUCACUGCUUUGCUGCACAACAAUAGAAAACUGCUGGAGAAACACAUCACCGCUGCUGAAAUAGAAACUUUUGUGGGUUUGGUUCGUAAGAAUAUGCAUAAUUGGGAUUCCCGCUUUUUGGAUUAUCUCUCGGAUUUAUGUGUCUCCAAUCGUAAAGCCAUAGCCGUUACCCAGGAAUUGAUUUGCAAAAGUGUUUUGAGUACCAAAAAUUCUGAUAUUCUCAUAGACACCGAGGUGAAGAUUGUAAAGACCAACAAGAAUGGCUCCUACCAGCAGCAGGUGGAGACAGUCAAGCCGCUGUCACCUCUAACGGAGGUAAUUGAUGAUGAUGACAAAUCCGAUUCGAUUUCCACCAAAACCGACAGCACUUGGGAUUGGGCCAGCUUGGAGGGUGAUAGCAGCAGUGAUAUUGUGAAAUACGAAAUACAUCUCAAAUGGAAGGGACUCAAGGAAUCCCGUUCCAUGGCCGAUUUGGCCAACUGCGUGGCCCAGGGUAAGGAGCUGGAAAUUGCCAUACUAAACUACUAUCGCCAUCAAUUGAAUUUGUUUUCCAACAUGUGUUUGAAUCGCCAAUAUUUGGCCUUGAAUAAUCUUUCGCCACAUUUGGAUAUCGAUUUGAUUCUAAAAUGCAUGUCCGACGAAACCAUGCCGUAUGAGCUAAGAGCUUCCUUUUGUCGUUUAAUGCUGCAUUUGCAUGUUGAUCGUGAUCCUCAGGAACCAGUGACACCUGUCAAAUAUGCCAGACUAUGGAGUGAAAUACCAUCGAAAAUGUCCAUACUAGAUUACGAUGGCAAGAAUCAACAGCCAGAUUUCAAUAAGGAAGCAGUGAGAGCAAAAUUCAAUACCACCAUAGCAUUUGUGGAGAACUAUUUGUGUAAUGUGGCAGCCAAAGUCUGGCUAUUCACUGAUCAGGAACAAAACAAAUUGACAUUUGAGGUGGUGAAAUUGGCACGUGACUUAAUCUAUUUCGGCUUCUAUAGCUUCAGUGAUUUGCUGCGGCUUACCAAAACUCUGCUUUGCAUUUUGGAUUGUGUCUCCGAAAGUGGCAUGGAUAGUUCCACGGCAGCUGGCCCCAAUGCUGGGCGUUUUGAGGCUGCCGUUACCGAUUGUAAGUACCCAUCGGCUGAAGAAGAGGAUUCGAAAAUUGCCGAGGGCGGUGUCUUACGUUCCAUAGGCGAUAUGAACACUGUCAUGACCAGUUUGGCCUUGGGCUCUGUGGGCCAGGUUAUGGCCACCCCGGCCAUAUCAUCACUGCAACAACGCAAAUCGGUUUCCCAGCUUAUGAAAGAAUUCCCCCUUGUCAUGGAUACAAAAUUGAAAAUCAUAGAAAUUCUACAAUUCAUUCUGGACGUCCGUUUGGAUUAUAGAAUUAGUUGCCUCCUAUCGAUAUUCAAGCGCGAAUUCGAUGAAAGUGACGCCCAUCAAUUUGCCCAUGCAGAGUCUACUGCCACAGUAACCUCGGCGCCCUAUGUGCAGACUACCACCACCACAGAUUCGACCACUGCGGGCAGUGGUGUAGUUCCUGGCUCUGUGGGCUCUGGUACCAACACCAGUUCUACACAGGGUGUUGAGACCAGUGUUGCCUCUGCAACUGCGGCUGCGGCCACUGGUGGUGGUAGUUCUAGCAAUGCCUCAUCCGCUAGCUCUCAGCUACCCCCGGAUUCGCAGGCAUCGGCAGCUGCUGCAUUUCAACAGCGUCAAAGGAAUAUCGAUUUAGAGUCAAUUGGCAUACAAGCUGAGGGCAUAUUCGAUUGUGAGAAAGGUGAUGCGGCCAAUCUGGAUCUGGAUGGCCAGGGUGGUCGCACCUUUUUGCGGGUCUUAUUACAUUUAAUAAUGCAUGAUUAUCCACCGUUAGUGUCGGGUGCCCUGCACCUGCUAUUCCGGCACUUUAGCCAGCGUCAAGAGGUUUUACAAGCUUUUCGUCAGUGGACAAGUAUAGUACAACUUUUGGUUUCGGACAAUGAUGUCGAAUCGUAUAAACAAAUCAAACAUGACCUGGAUAUAUUGCGUCAAAGUGUGGAGAAAUCCGAAUUGUGGGUGUACAAAUCGAAAACUUCCGAGGAAUUAAAUGCCACUGUUGGAGAAACUUCCCUGGAUAAUACUAGUCUAAUCAACGAAUAUAGGGCUUCAUUAUCAGCUGAACAAUUGAAUGAAUAUAAGAAAGUAAAGGAAAUUCUAAUACGUAUGAAUCAGUUUUGUGUGACCCAAGGUCCCUAUGUAAAGCCCCGCAAACAUGAACAACGCUUGCUGCGCAAUGUGGGUGUUCACACAGUGGUAUUGGAUCUAUUACAAAAUCCCUACGAUGAAAAGGAUGAUGUCCUCAUGAAGGAAUUGAUGUUUUUAGCUCAUGAAUUUCUACAAAACUUUUGCUUGGGCAAUCAACAAAAUCAAUCAUUGCUGCACAAUCAUUUGGAUUUAUUUUUAAAUCCGGGAAUACUCGAGGCCAAAACCGUUUGCUCCAUAUUCAAAGACAAUCUUAAUCUCUGCAAUGAAGUUACCGAUAAAGUUGUUCAACAUUUUGUUCAUUGCAUCGAAAUUCAUGGACGUCAUGUGGUCUAUUUGCAAUUCUUGCAGACCAUAGUCAAGGCUGAAAAUCAGUUCAUACGCAAAUGCCAGGAUAUGGUUAUGCAGGAGUUGAUCAAUGCUGGCGAAGAAGUGCUGGUCUUCUAUAAUGACAAGACGUCGUUCAAUCAAUUCGUGGGCAUGAUGCAGGCACAAAAGACACCCCUCACCGAUGAUAGCCCUCUGAAAUAUCAUGUGGAAUUGGUUAAGCUAUUGGCCUGUUGUACUAUGGGCAAAAAUCUCUACACCGAAAUCAAAUGCAAUAAUCUUCUCUCAUUGGAUGAUAUUGUGGCGGUGAUCUGCCACCCCGCCUGUAUACCCGAGGUCAAAGAGGCCUAUGUGGAUUUCUUGAAUCACUGCUACAUAGACACUGAGGUGGAAAUGAAGGAGAUCUAUUCGUCCGGUCACAUGUGGAAUUUGUUCGAGAAGAGCUUCAUGGUGGACAUUAAUCUCUUGAUCAGCACUGGCGCCAAUGCCGACAAGGCCCUCAUCAAUUAUGUGCUGAAUGGCGUGUGCACCAUAUUGGCCACCUUUUUCAGUAGCCCCUUUUCCGAUCAGAGCACCAUUGUGCAGAGUAGGCAAAUGAUAUUCGUGCAAUUACUGCAAGUCUGCUAUCGUUUAUCUCAAUGCAAAUGGUUGAGUCUGGCUGAUCGCUUUAAUGUCGAAAAUUGUAUACGUACUUUGGCUGAGUCGGCCAAGACACGCAGCAUAGCCAUACCGCUGGACCUGGAACAGCAGGUGGUGACGAUGUCGAGCAAGACGGCUUUGUUGACGCGCCAGACAACAAAAUGGCUACUAGCCUCGAAACAGCCAAAAUAUGAGACACAGCAUUCGGCGAAUUUAAUGCGAUUAGACAGGUCCAUUAUCGAAGGCUUGCAGGAUAUUGUCUCACUGCUGGAGGACCAAUUGAAGCCAGUGGUGGAAGCAGAACUAUCUCUAUUGGUGGAUAUUCUCUACAGAUCGGAAUUGUUGUUCCCCCAGGGGACGGAGGCUCGUAAGAGAUGUGAAUCAGGUGGCUUUAUACGCAAACUGAUAAAGCACACCGAGAAGCUGCUGGAGGAGAAGGAGGAAAAACUGUGCGUCAAGGUCUUGAAGACGCUAAGGGAAAUGAUGGCCAUUGAUGUGAAUUAUGGCGAAAAGGGUGAUGCCUUGAGGAGUACUCUGCUGAAACGCUAUUUCGAUUUAAAGCCCUCUAACACCUCUAGAACGCCAGUAGAACCCAAACCUGAUAUGCUGGCUUUGACCUCGGGAGGAGCAGGCAGUGGCAUGGGCCAUGAUGGCCAAAAGCAUAUGACCAUGGUUACCCAUGGUCCAGGAGCCAAAUAUCUACAAAGAGCCGAGAAGACUUUGCAUGAAGUUCAAAAUCAUUUGGAUCGAGAAGGAGCCUCCGAUUUGGUUAUCGAAUUGGUCAUAAAAUCGGUACAUUCGCCCUCCAUCUUUGUGGAGGCCAUUGAACUGGGCAUAGCCCUGCUGGAGGGAGGUAAUCCCAUUAUACAAAAGGGCAUGUAUACAAAAUUCUUGAGUGGAGAUCUCAAUCAGGCCUUCUUCAAGGUAUUCUUUGAUAAAAUGAAAGACUCACAGCAGGAGAUAAAGUCCACUGUUACCGUAAACACCUCGGAUAUAGCAGCCAAGGCCCAUGAAAAUAAGCAGGAUGUGAAUUUGGAAUUGGAUAAGAUCUCGCGCAAGCAUGGAGUCAAAACCAAUGGGGUGGUAAUUACCGAUGAAUUGCGCAAGGAACUGCACAAUGCCGGUUUGGCCACUGCCAGGGCCUUUAGUAAUGCCCGCAAUCUGCAUGCUGGCGAAGACUCCAACUCUUUAAAUAUAAACAGCCCCUUCGAUGAUAUAUUGGCAGAAAAACUUGAAAAGCAUAAGGACAGCAAAGAAGAUCGCAAUAAGUUAUCCAACAAGGUAUUGGUAAUGCAGCCCAUUCUAAGAUUCAUGCAAUUGCUAUGCGAAAAUCAUAACCCCGAUUUGCAAAAUUUACUAAGGAAUCAAAACAACAAAACAAAUUACAAUUUGGUUUCAGAGACCCUCAUGUUUUUGGAUUGUAUUUGUGGUUCAACCACUGGCGGUUUGGGACUCUUGGGUCUCUACAUCAAUGAGAACAAUGUGGCUUUGAUCAAUCAAACUUUGGAAACUCUUACGGAAUAUUGUCAAGGACCCUGUCAUGAGAAUCAAAAUUGCAUAGCCACCCAUGAAUCGAAUGGCUUGGAUAUCAUAACCGCCCUUAUACUCAAUAACAUUAACCCCUUGGGAGAAAAUCGCAUGGAUUUGGUAUUGGAGUUGAAGAACAAUGCCUCCAAACUUUUGCUGGCCAUCAUGGAAUCGCGGGGCGAUAGUGAAAACGCCGAGCGUAUUCUGUACAACAUGAAUCCCAAGCAAUUGGUUGAUGUGGCCUGUAAGGCCUAUCACCAGGAGGAGAUGAUCGAUGAUCAGGAUGGUGAGGAUGAGCCUGUCGAUGCUGAACAUGAUGAUGAUGAUGUCUCGGUUAGUCCACGGGAAGUGGGGCACAACAUCUAUAUACUGUGUCAUCAGCUGGCACAACACAACAAGGAGUUGGCCGGAUUGCUAAAGGCCUCCGAAGAUCCACAGUCUCCCAAUUAUGAUGCAAAAAUGAGCCAAGCUCUUAUGUAUUAUGCCACACAUACGGCUCAAAUUGAAAUUGUCCGCAAUGAUCGUACCUUGGAACAAAUUGUUUUCCCCAUACCCGAGAUUUGUGAAUAUCUAACCACCGACACGAAGAUGAAAAUAUUCCAUACGGCGGAACGUGAUGAUCAGGGCUCCAAGGUGGUGGAUUUCUUUGACAAGGCUGAGGAAAUGUUUAACGAAAUGAAAUGGCAAAAGAAAUUAAGAGGCCAACCUUUUCUUUUUUGGGUUAGCAGCUACAUGUCACUCUGGAGUAAUAUUUUGUUUAAUUGUGUCGUUGUUAUUAAUAUAAUUGUUGCAUUUUUCUAUCCCUUCGACAACACUGUGCCUGAACUGAGUUCCCACAUUUCUUUAUUAUUUUGGGCCAUUAUGAUAUUUUCACUGGUGAUAGUGGUAAUGUUGCCACGAGAGUCCGGAAUACGUACCUUAAUAGGAUCUAUAAUAUUAAGGUCGAUAUUUUUACUGGGUCCAGAGUCAACGCUAUGUUUACUGGGUGUAGUAACGGUAACCCUUAAGAGUGUCCACAUCAUAAGCAUCAUGGGUAAUAAGGGUACAUUGGAGAAACAUUUUCUGAAAAUUAUAACAGAUUUUCAACUGUUAUACCAUUGUAUCUACAUUUUCUUUUGUUUUUGUGGUUUGAUAUUCCACCCUUUCUUCUAUUCCCUAUUGCUCUUUGAUGUGGUUUAUCGUGAGGAGACUCUGGUAAAUGUCAUUCGUUCGGUAACACGCAAUGGCCGCUCUAUUGUCUUAACCGCUGUGUUGGCUUUAAUCCUUGUCUAUCUGUUUUCCAUCAUUGGCUAUAUGUUCUUUAGAGAUGACUUUUUGCUGGAGGUCGAUGUAGAAAAUGUGGAAAAUGCGAUCGAAGCCGCCACCAUAUCAGUGAAUCCCGAGACUUGCUCUUCUCCCGAUUCUGGAGAAAGUCCCAAACAACUUAUCACCUCUGGCGGUGGCGAAGUGAAGGAACGUUCUUGUGAUUCUUUGGUCAUGUGUAUUGUGACCACGCUCAAUCAGGGCUUGAGAAACGGAGGUGGUAUUGGUGAUAUUUUAAGGCCGCCUUCGAGUAAGGAGGGUCUUUUCGCCGCCCGUGUCAUCUACGAUCUGCUUUUCUUCUUCAUUGUCAUCAUUAUUGUGCUGAAUUUAAUUUUCGGUGUCAUUAUCGAUACAUUUGCCGAUUUGAGAAGUGAAAAGCAACAAAAGGAAUUGAUACUCAAGAACACCUGUUUUAUAUGUGGUCUCAAUCGUUCGGCUUUCGACAAUAAGACGGUUAGUUUUGAGGAACACAUCAAAUCGGAGCACAAUAUGUGGCAUUAUCUCUACUUCAUAGUGCUGGUCAAGGUAAAGGAUCCCACCGAAUUCACAGGCCCCGAAAGUUAUGUCUAUGCCAUGGUUAAGGCAGGCAUAUUGGAUUGGUUCCCACGCCUGAGGGCCAUGUCCCUGGCGGCGGUGGAUGCCGAUGGAGAACAAAUCGAAUUGCGCAGUAUGCAGGCCCAAUUGUUGGAGACACAAAUGCUAAUAACAAAUCUAUCGCAACAGCUGCAUGAGCUUAAGGAUCACAUGACAGAGCAGCGCAAGCAAAAGCAACGCCUGGGUUUGCUCAAUACGACGGCCAGCAGUUUCAUGGCUGGCUAUCAAUUCCAGUAAAACAACUAGGGAUACAAUUGAACUGGAUUAGUGCCAACGAUAAGAGUAAAACAAAAGAAAACAAAAUAAAAAUGGAAUCAUCUCGAAUGGAUUUUAUGUUCGAUUUAAUAUCCACCAUAAAGGUUUCCUUUUUUUAAAUGUGAGCACCAAUUUUCUAAUAUGUAAUAAUUUUUUUUUUUAACCGAUAGACUUUAGUUUCUAAUUACUAAUGCGAUAGUCCAUGAUUUUUUUGUUUCUUAAAAAAAGAAAAUAAUACUAGUUUCAUGUUUUCUGAGCCAUCCUUUCAUUUUCUAAACAACAAUAUGUGAUGUUGUUUUGUAUUUACAUCUUUUUAAAUCUAAACUUAAUUGAAACUAAUUGUAAACCUCAUGAAUUGUGUCUGUGUUUUUCCCAAAACAAAAGUUCACUCUUGUUUUGCAACUCAGUACUUUAAACGAUUUUUACCAUACAAAAUACCAACUAAAAACGAUUUAUAAAAACAUAACAUUCGUACUUUUAGUCUUAUUUUUUUUUUUUUUUUUUUUGUUAAUGUUAUUUUUUUUUAUUAAAUGAAAAAUUAAAAAAAAACUGUUAUACUUAUUACUAAUCUAGCAUUUAUAUAAAUUCGUAAUUUAGUUAAAACAAAUCUAUUAAAUCGAAGGCAAUGCAUAGAAAGGAUAUUAAUGUAAAACAAAGCAAGAAUAAAAACAAUUUAUUUAGAUUUAUUAAAUAAAAUAAAGUGGAAGAAACACAGUUUUUUCAUUCAUUAUUGCAAUUC